AUGCCCACCAGUCUGAGUCGCUGCCCCGAAGAUCUUGACAUUAGCACAAGCCAUCCAAGUGCUCAGCACGUCUACGGAGAGCCAUAUGGCCCUUCAAGGCCCAGAGUUCUCCGGUCGUCGUUGAAGAAGACAGAUUCCAUGUCCGAGGGUACAGCCAAGAACGGCAGCGAUCCGUUCUACACCCUACAGAGCGCGCUGUCGGUCUUCUCCUGCAUUCCUAUGUCGCAGUCGUGCAGCUGUGUGUCCUGCCCGAUUCACAACGAGGAUGAUGGGGGCGGCAGCCAUUUGCAAGAAAGCAGCGCCCCGUCAAAACCCGCGAUGAGAGGAAUGGGCGACCAAAAGAGAAGAGUUUCUUUCACAAGAUACCAGCAGAUCCUUGAAGAACAACAGAGAUGUGUAGAACUUCGCUCCAUGAACCUGAGUUUUGAUCAAGAACACAAGCUGGAAGAUGCACUACUACAAGCUGAGCUUGAGAAGAGGCGCAAGGAGAAGAAGGAAACCUUUGACGCUGGAGUGCGACGCCUGGCGCAGCGAACAGGUUGUAACUGUAGACCUGAAUUGUUCAUCCUCUGA